UUGCACAACUUCUGUAUAUUGAGUUCUUGAUCCUAUUUUAUUUUAAUUUUUUAAGUGCAGAGGGGUUGUUGGCUUUGGUGUUUUCCUCCCCUUCACGUUUUUCUUGGGGUUUUUUUCCCCACCACCGUCAGCACCACAUCACCCUCCUCCCAUCCCAUCAUGGCCCGGAUGAACCGCCCUGCACCAGUGGAGGUCUGCUACAAAAACAUGAGGUUCCUCAUCACCCACAACCCCACCAAUGCCACACUCAACACCUUCUUGGAGGACCUGAAGAAGUACGGUGCCACCACAGUUGUGCGAGUGUGUGAAGUGACCUAUGACAAGACCCCUCUGGAGAAAGACGGCAUCACUGUCAUGGAUUGGCCAUUCGAUGAUGGAGCACCUCCUCCUAGCAAGAUAGUGGAAGAUUGGCUCAACUUGUUGAAGACAAAGUUCUGUGAAGACCCCGGCUGCUGCGUGGCCGUGCACUGCGUAGCUGGUCUGGGACGCGCUCCUGUCCUCGUUGCACUGGCCUUGAUCGAGAGCGGGAUGAAGUACGAAGAUGCCAUCCAGUUCAUCCGACAGAAGCGCAGAGGAGCCAUCAACAGCAAGCAGCUGACAUACUUGGAAAAAUACCGACCAAAGCAGAGACUCCGAUUUAAGGACCCUCAUAACCACAAGAACAAAUGCUGCAUCAUGUAACCUCAAUGACCUCUUGCCAAAAUCCAUGCACACAGACACCCGAGCACUCGCACACAUCCCGCCCCCUCACCUCCUCACCUAGCUCCAUGCACCCUCACACCACCCCACUGCCAGGGCUGGGGUGGAGGGACAUGGAGCACCACCAGCAUGUUCCAGCACCCACAGCAUGGUCAUCUUGCUGAACUCCUAAAAAGGCUGCUCUGUCCACCUACAGCCCUGAGAAGGGGAGGCAGCACUGCCCUUUGACUCCUGAUGUUAGUAGGCAAUGAGCUCACGUGAUGGUUCUUCAUUGCCUUCCUCCUCCCUUUCCCCUCCUGCUGCACUGAGAAGGAUGGGAAAAGGGUGCUUGGUUUGGGGUGGUGCAGAUAGGGCUGUGCCAGCUGAGAAGGGUUGAGGAGCAGGAGGGCCAGAGCACUUCCAGAAAAACCCACCUCUUCCCUCUAAAUAAGGGCUGCAGCAGUGGGGACAGAGGUGGCUAUGGUGCAAUGGCCUCUAGGGUAAGAUGGGGAUAGCAGGAAGGGCUCAUAGCUUGGUUCUGGCCUUGUGGCCACAGGAAGGACUGAGCUAAUGCUCCCCAGCACCAUGCCCUUUCUCCUGGCCCCUCUGUCACCUCACCACCUCCCUGUUGCUGUGAUGCUGGCCAGGAGGCUGCAGAUGGGGCUUAUUUGGGGCUUGCUGCAGCAAAACCAGGGGUGCUGGAAAACUCAAGGACGUUGGUGGGGCUUUGAGACACCCAACUUUGCCAGGUAUGCAGGGUCAGCACUGGGGCCCCCGAAGUGCAGGAUGCUCUUAUUUAUAGCUUCCAAAUUCAAUGCACAAGGUGCUGGGUUCUCUCCUGUUGUGUCCCCAUCACUGAAAUGUGGCACAAACCCCAGUUCUAGGUGCAAGCCCUAGGGAUGCAUUGUGAAUCUCACAGCAGGUCCAUAUCCUUCACCACUGCAUUUGCAGGUUGAGGGGCUGGGCUGCAGCUUUCCUGGGUGAUUUUGAGUGCUCCUGGCAAGAGCACAUCACCAAAUUUUUCAACGGCCUUCCCCACAUCUGUAACACAGAGCCUGGCACCCCAAAGCCCCCCAGCACGUGCCCUGGUGGGUUGGACUCAGAGCUGCCCCUGGGCCAGGACAUUAAACAUCUCUCAACUUUCUGCCUUUGAAUGCUUGCAGCAGCUGGAGCGGUGGGCACAUAGGGGACAUGGGGGUGUUUUUUCUUUUGAUGAGGAUAAGAAGAAAUUUGCUAAUU